AUGACCAUCCGUGUCCAGCCGCACUACCGCUCACUCGCCCGAGUGACAGGGCAUGCACCGCACCGCGCACCCUCCAGCACCACCCACCUACCUGCCAACGACCAGCACCCCCAGAUCCCCCACCAUCACCACCACCACCACCACCACCACCACCACCUACCUGCCAACGACCAGCACCCCCAGAUCACCACCAUCACCCCCACCACCACCACCACCACCACCACCACCUACCUGCCAACGACCAGCACCCCCAGAUCCCCCACCAUCACCACCACCACCACCACCACCACCACCACCUACCUGCCAACGACCAGCACCCCCAGAUCCCCCACCAUCACCCCCAGAUCCCCCACCAUCACCACCACCACCACCACCACCACCACCACCUACCUGCCAACGACCAGCACCCCCAGAUCACCACCAUCACCCCCACCACCACCACCACCACCACCACCACCUACCUGCCAACGACCAGCACCCCCAGAUCACCACCACCACCAACCCUUCCUUCCCUCCACCGCCACCCUUUCCACUCCACAGAUCUCGCACUCGCCUCAAUCCCAGUUACCCGGCCCACUCCCCGCACUCAUGAUCCUCUGUCUGACUGUCUCACCUUGA